AUGCCAGGCUCUUUUUAAGAGUAGGAAGCUCUAGCCGACAUCUUUGAUUAAGUAAAAGAUGUAGAUAUAAGAAUCUUUGUGGUUUUAUUAGAAAUGUUUAGAAAGAAAAAAAUGAAAGACAGCAUUGGAUUUCUAUCAGAUAUUUAGAAUUCGAGACAAUUAGAAUCAUAAAUCUUACAACAAGUAGAGAAUAUCACCCAAGCUGAUACGGAAUAAAAAUUGUCUGUUAUUGCAAAUGACAUAAAUUAAAUUACAGAUGUAUUAAAAAAAUUAAAAGAUCAUGACUUCAAUAACUAAGGCAUUAUCUCUGAAGAAAAUGAAGAAUCUAAACUAAAUUUAAUUUAAAGCAUCAAGGGUAAAAAAUAGAUAUAAGAAUUACUGUAAUUUUUAGUUCACCUCACAUCCAUUGAUGAAGCAUUUAUAUAGGGUGGGUCGAAUUCAUUACACUUAUUAGUUUAGAUGAAGGUAGACCUUAGAAAGAAAAAUUUGGAAAAUAUUAAGAUCUAAAAUACUUCUUUAGUAGGAGGUAAUUUUGCUCGCUGUAAUUUAAGUGGAUCCUAAUUUGAUAAUGUUAAUAUAAGUUGGAUGAAUUUGAAUGGAGCAUUAUUAUUAAAUUGUAAAUGGAAAAAUUUAAGAAUCCAUGAAUUAAAUAACUUGGAUGGUCAUAGUAAUUGUGUGAAUUCAGUCUGUAUUUCACCUAAUGGAAAUACAUUAGCAUCUGGCAGUAGUGAUAAGACUAUUCGUCUAUGGGAUGUCAAAAAAGGAUAAUAAAAAGCCUAAUUAAAUGGUCAAACUGAUAAUGUUAAAUCAGUCUGUUUCUCCCCUGAUGGAAAUAACUUAGCCUCUGGAAGUGCUGAUGGGUCUAUCUUAAUAUGGAAUGCUAUGAUAAGAAAGAAAAUAGCCAAAUUAGAUGGUCAUACUUGCGCUGUCUACUCAGUCUGUUUCUCAACUGAUGGGAAUACAUUAGCUUCUGGUAGUCUUGAUAAAUCUAUCCGUCUUUGGGAUGUCAAAACAGGAUAAUAAAAAGCCAAAUUAUAAGGCCAUACUAGCACUGUCUACUCAGUCUGUUUCUUAACUGAUGGAAAUACAUUAGCUUCUGGUAGUCUUGAUAAAUCUAUCCGUCUAUGGGAUGUCAAAACAGGAUAAUAAAAAGCCAAAUUAGAUGGUCAUACUAACACUGUCUACUCAGUCUGUUUCUCUCUUGAUGGAAAUAUAUUAGCUUCUGGUAGUGGUGAUUAGUCUAUCCGUCUAUGGGAUUUAAAAACAGGAUAAUAAUAAGCCAAAUUAUAAGGCCAUACUAGCACUGUCUACUCAGUCUGUUUCUCUCCUGAUGGAAAUACAUUAACUUCUGGUAGUAAUGAUAAGUCUAUCUGUCUUUGGGAUGUCAAAACAGGAUAAUAGAAAGCCAAAUUAGAUGGUCAUACUAGCACUGUCUACUCAGUCUGUUUCUUUCCUAAUGGAAAUAAAUUAGCUUCUGGUAGUAAUGAUAAGUCUAUCCGUCUAUGGGAUGUCGAAAAAGGAUAAUAAUAAGCCAAAUUAGAUGGUCAUAGUGAUUAUGUUAUGUCAGUCUGUUUCUCUCCUGAUGGAAAUACAUUAGCUUCUGGUAGUCAUGAUAACUCUAUCCGUCUAUGGGAUGUCAAAACAGGAUAAUAAAAAGCCAAAUUAGAUGGUCAUACUAGUACUGUCUACUCAGUCUGUUUCUCUCCUGAUGGAAAUACAUUAGCUUCUGGUAGUAAUGAUAAGUCUAUCCGUCUAUGGGAUGUCAAAACAGGAUAAUAAAAAGCCAAAUUAGAUGGUCAUACUAGUACUGUCUACUCAGUCUGUUUCUCUCCUGAUGGAAAUACAUUAGCUUCUGGUAGUAAUGAUAAGUCUAUCCGUCUAUGGGAUGUCAAAACAGGAUAAUAAAAAGCCAAAUUAGAUGGUCAUACUAGUACUGUCUACUCAGUCUGUUUCUCUCCUGAUGGAAAUACAUUAGCUUCUGGUAGUAAUGAUAAGUCUAUCCGUCUAUGGGAUGUCAAAACAGGAUAAUAAAAAGCCAAAUUAGAUGGUCAUACUAGUACUGUCUACUCAGUCUGUUUCUCUCCUGAUGGAAAUACAUUAGCUUCUGGUAGUAAUGAUAAGUCUAUCCGUCUAUGGGAUGUCAAAACAGGAUAAUAAAAAGCCAAAUUAGAUGGUCAUACUAGUACUGUCUACUCAGUCUGUUUCUCUCCUGAUGGAAAUACAUUAGCUUCUGGUAGUAAUGAUAAGUCUAUCCGUCUAUGGGAUGUCAAAACAGGAUAAUAAAAAGCCAAAUUAGAUGGUCAUACUAGUACUGUCUACUCAGUCUGUUUCUCUCCUGAUGGAAAUACAUUAGCUUCUGGUAGUAAUGAUAAGUCUAUCCGUCUAUGGGAUGUCAAAACAGGAUAAUAAAAAGCCAAAUUAGAUGGUCAUACUAGUACUGUCUACUCAGUCUGUUUCUCUCCUGAUGGAAAUACAUUAGCUUCUGGUAGUGAUGAUAAGUCUAUCCGUCUAUGGGAUGUCAAAACAGGAUAAUAAAAAGCCAAAUUAGAUGGUCAUGAGCAUUGGGUAAUGUCAGUCUGUUUCUCUCUUGAUGGAAAUACAUUAGCUUCUGGUAGUAGAGAUAACUCUAUCCGUCUAUGGAAUGCUAAAACAGGAUAAAAAAAAGCUAAAUUAAAUGGUCAUAGUGAUUAUGUAUUCUCAGUCUGUUUCUCUCCUGAUGGAAAUACAUUAGCAUCAGGUAGUAUUGAUUAGUCUAUCCGUCUAUGGAAUGUUAAAACAGGAUAUAAAAAGCAAAAUUAGAUGGUCAUAGAGGAGUUGUCUACUCAGUCUGUUUCUCUCCUGAUGGAAAUACAUUGCAAAAAAUUGAUUUAGACCUAAUGUGAUUUUUAAAUUAUUGUUUGA